AAAACGUUGCCUAACCGCAGAAAAGCGUUUUAUCAAAAGGUGAAGUUUUAAGGUGAUCGUCGAUAGCGUGCCGGGAACCGCGGACUGUAAGAUGUAUCUAAAUGCGUGCCGGGAACGAUGAAAAUUAUUUUAAUACACUCAUGGUUUGAGGGUAUAGUGUUCAACAAGUAGCCGUCGCCAGGCGCCCACCGUAACAACACUAUCCCUAAGUACCUUGCUGUUGAAUGUUGUGCAUACAUUUCAUUUCUACGUCUUGGUUAUAGCUUAUAGUCGUACCGCCUUGCCCUAUAAUUUUUUUGUAGGAAAUCCGCGGAGUCGUCAAUUUUGAAGUUUAAGAAAAAUAAAGGUAUAAUAUUGCUCACCAUGGACAUUACCACAUCAACGGAUAUUAUGAUAAUAAGUGGAAAUUCGCACCUCGAACUAGCCAAUUUGGUUGCUCGUCGACUUGGUGUAAAACCUGCCCGAUGCGCUGUUUCUUACACCACAAAUCGAGAAACGUCUGUCCAAAUAAGUGAUUCUGUGCGUGGAAAGGAUAUUUAUAUUGUUCAAACUGGUUCAAAGGAUGUAAAUAAUAAUAUAAUGGAGCUCUUGAUCAUGGCAUAUGCAUGCAAAACUUCUUCAGCCAAAAGCAUUGUGGGAGUUAUUCCUUAUCUUCCUUACAGUAAACAAUGUAAAAUGCGAAAACGUGGUUCUAUUGUAUCCAAACUUUUGGCAAAAAUGUUGUGUUCAUCAGGCUUAACUCAUGUUAUUACUAUGGAUCUUCAUCAAAAAGAAAUUCAAGGUUUUUUUGAGUGUCCAGUCGAUAAUUUAAGAGCAUCCCCAUUCCUUUUGCAAUACAUUCAAGAAAGUAUUCCUGAUUAUCGUAAUGCUGUGAUAGUUGCAAGGAAUCCUGGAUCAGCAAAAAAAGCUACAUCUUAUGCUGAACGUUUACGAUUAGGAAUUGCUGUCAUUCACGGAGAACAGAAAGAGUCUGAUUCUGAUAUGGUUGAUGGGCGAAAUUCUCCUCCACCAUCAACUUCUCGUUCAAGAACAAUGGAUGUUGGAGUUGGUGUACCCCAGCAUCCUGCCAAAGAAAAACCUCCCAUAAAUGUUGUGGGAGAUGUUGGUGGUCGCAUAGCUAUUAUGGUGGAUGAUAUGAUAGACGAUGUUGCAUCAUUUGUAGCUGCUGCUGAAGUAUUAAAAGAACGUGGUGCUUAUAAAAUUUAUGUUUUGGCAACUCAUGGUCUUUUAUCUUCUGAUGCUCCACGACUUAUUGAAGCUUCACCUAUUGAUGAAGUUGUUGUUACUAACACAAUUCCUCAUGAAAUUCAAAAAAUGCAAUGUCAUAAAAUCAAAACUGUAGAUAUUAGUAUUUUGCUAUCAGAGGCUAUUCGCAGAAUUCACAACAAAGAAUCCAUGUCAUAUUUAUUCAAAAAUGUCACAUUAGAAGAUUAAAAUCAUUGUAAAAUUUAAAAUAUUAAUAAUAAAUAAAAUUAAAUGAUGAACUGCAAGUAGAAUCCUACACUUAAUUAUAUUGUGUAUACUAGCAUAGAUUAAAUUUAUUU